AUGGACGAUUUAAAUGGGUUAGAUUGGUCCGCAACUACAAGCGCAACAACCUCAAAAGCACCUCAGGGAACUGGAAACUACUACCCUUCAUUACGGCCGACUCCACCUCCUCAACUUUCAGGGCGGACGACGCCUCUCUCGAAUCAAGCUUCUGGUCUAUCCAAAUCAUCCACAACUUCUGCAUUCGCGGCUCCAGUCAAAUCCCCAACUCCAGACCUCUUCUCGAAUCUCGUAUCAUUUGGUUCCUCCAAAGCAAGUACACUUACCUUGCAGCAGCAACACGAAAAGCUACAAGCCGAAAAGCGAAGGCAGGAUGAAGAGAAGAAGAGGCAAUACGAUGCACAAUUUGGAGGCGCGCAGAGUUGGGAGAGUCUAGGUAGUAGGACAAUCAGCCCAGCACUCACACCUACAAUAUCGUCGCGAAGCAACACUCCACUUCCAAAACCUUUACCGGCCAAUUUUGCGAGGGCGAGCUCCCCGGUUGUAAAUGCACGAAACGCGCCUAGUCCGGGAGACGAUGAUCUGUUCGCAGCUUUCAAUAAGGAUACAAAGGUUGACAAUUCGAGUUUCUAUCCACCUCCUGCCGCGUCAACGAGCCGGACGCAUACACCGGGAAUUACAGUGUCGAAAACUACGGAUUUAAGUAACCCGCAGGCUUGGGAACAGCCAACAGGUGGUUUGGAUAGCGGUGCAUUUGGUGAUGAUGAUGAUCCUUUCGGAUUGGGGACUAUGAAGCCAGCGAGUAGGGCCAUGCCACAAAAUACACAGCCAGCAGACGAUGAUGACUUCUUGGGGGACUUGGGAAAACCAGUAGAAGAAAUCAAGCGACGAAGCCCUGCUCUACCUGAAGUGACCAGGACGCCAGAACCUCAAUCCGAAUCUGACGAUCCUUGGGAUAAAGUGGUUGCCGAACUUGUUGACAUGGGAUUCUCAGCUGAACAAUCGCGAAGAGCCCUAACGGAAAGUGGCUCUGGUCUGGAUGUUCAAGCUGCCGUGGGCUGGAUUCUAAAUGAUGCACAUAGCCAGGCGAAGAAGAAACAACAAGGGCGAGAUUCAAGUCGAAACAAUGGAUCUUCCUCGAAUGGUGGUACCAGAGAUACAUCUCGUAAUGGAAGCAGGAGAGAGCAAAAGCCGUCUUGGAUGCAGGAAGAGGAACGACCACAAGUCCGGAGAGAAGAUAAAUUACCAAGUGGUGAAGGAGACCUUGCAAAAACUGCUGCGGCUAUGGGUAACAAUUUAUUCAAGUCUGCAAACUCUCUAUGGAAGACCUCACAAAAGAAGGUGCAAAAAGCAGUAUCUGAAUUUCAACAAGAUGUGGAUCCCAGUCAGCCAAAGUGGAUGAGAGAAGCUGCUGAAAGAGAGCAAGCUGAUAGAGCUCGGGCAAGAAAGGCAAAAGCUGCGGCACCUGAAGUAACAGAUGAAGCACUGAUGCUUGAAUCUGGUGGUCGACCUCCUCCUAAGAAAGGGAAGGCCCCUGAACCUCGCUUCACAGAACCACCAUCUUCACGUGAUCAUUCUCCUGCAAUGCCAACACGACCAGUCGACAGAAUGGCUGCACCACGCUGGCAACAGCAAGUUUCGUCAGAUCCUCGAUCCCGUAUAACUAAACAAGCGGUCGAGGAACAAUCAGCUCAGGCUUAUGUGAGUCCUGCGCGGAGAAAAAAGGCUGCUCCUCAACCUGUUCAACGCCAACAGGAACCAGAACCGGAUCUUCUAUUUUCCUCCAGUGUUCCUUCACAGUCGAGGCCAGCACCGUCGCGACCAUCUCAGCGCCCGUCCCCAGCACAGUCUAAGCCUUCGACGCCUAUCCCUACUCGACCAAAAGCACCUCCCCGUAAUAUACCAUUGCUAUCCUCUCAUGCAUUAUCAAGUUCUACAGAAAACAGACUUGCUGGAACUACUCAUUUUAAGCGAGGAGAUUACGCCGCUGCUCAUCAAUCAUACUCUGCAUCUUUACUGUCCCUUCCUUCAUCACAUCCCAUAUCUAUCAUCCUGCUCUGCAAUCGAGCUCUUACUUCUUUGAAAACUGGAAUUCCAAAAUCAGCAGUGACCGACGCCGAUACUGCAAUUGGAAUCAUCGGGCCAGCUCGUGGCGAGGGCGAAACCAUCGACCUCGGGUCAGAGAAAAAAGACAUGCGUGAGUUCUGGGGGAAGGCUUUAAUGCGAAAAGCAGAAGCACUAGAGCAAAUGGAAAAAUGGCGCGAAGCUCUCGAGGUAUGGAAACUCUGCGUGGAAAGCAAUGUUGGCGGCGCAACCGCAAUUCAAGGUCGCAGCCGCUGCGAAAAAGCCCUCGCACCAAAGCCGGUCCGUACCGUGACCCCUAAACCCAAACCGAAACCCGUUGUCAAAUCCGCGCUUUCAGAUCUCGGCCCUAGUCAAGAUAGUGCCGCGGUGUCUCGUCUUCGCGCCGCUAACAUCGAAGCCGAACGUGCUGAUGAUGAGAAAUUCGCUCUCUCUGAUAAGGUAGACGCGAAGAUUGGCGCGUGGAGGGAUGGGAAGAGGGAUAAUUUGAGGGCGCUGCUAGGGAGUCUGCAGGAUGUGAUGUGGGAGGGGAGCGGGUGGAAGAAGGUGGGUAUGCAUGAGCUGGUGCAGGGGAAUAAGGUUAAGAUUCAUUAUAUGAAGGCGAUUGGGAAGUGUCAUCCUGAUAAGAUUGCGCAAGAUGCGACGACGGAGACGAGGAUGAUUGCUGGAUUGGUGUUUGCGACGUUGAAUGAGAGUUGGGAUAAGUUUAAAGCGCAGAAUGGGAUGUAG